GAACGGAGUAGGGACGGAUAAAAAAAGAGAGGGUGCGAAGCCACUGAAAAAAGAAUUACACUGAGAAGAUGAAAGAGGGAAGAGGAUAGAAGUAAAGGCUCUCCCCGUCUCUCCCGCCCGGUCUAUCCUUCGUCACUCCCCAUCUCAGGCGAAGUUUUGGAGCUGCCGAGCCACAACCCCCGCUCCCACGCCUACCAUCAUGCUUAGGAGCGAAAAGCAGGGUUGGACUGGAGAGUGAAAAAGUCCCGGAGCAGCGACGUGACCCAGAAUCGGGGCUCCACACAGCCGUGCCGCAGUCUGAUGUCGUGCUGAGAUAUUAAUCCCCUUGGAUUUUAGCUCACAGUAAAAAAAAAUAGUUAAAACUGUCAUUUCGCCCUGCCUUUCGGAAGAGAAAAUUAAACCCUGUUCGAAUGGCAAGACAAGCUCUUUCUGAAGCGUAAAAGGUGAAAUAGUUCCUGUGGUUUUAUUGGUGGAAGGAUACUCCGCUCCUCUCUGGGUGUUGUUAGGCCUGACGCUAUGAUGACCUAAUCAUGGCAAACCCCACUGAACAGUGUACACUCUUCUAAGACAGUCUCUCCUCCCUCCUCUUGGUCUGGGCCGGAAGGAGACCCUCGCUGCGAUUGGCCGGCUGAGGGCGGGAGUGCGAUGCUGAUUGGAGGAUGUCGGGGGACUGGGAUGAAGACCUGUGCAACAAGGCCCUGGUGCUGGCUGAGGAGCUGUGCUUCCGCUCGCCAGGGGGGUACAGCCAGAACGAGCGCUGCCAGGAGCUCAGCGACAUCCUGAGGGGCCGACACAGGCAGAUCGACACAGAGAUCUCCGUCAGCCUGCUCUCGGUCAUUGUGACAUUCUGCGGGAUCGUGCUGCUCUCUGUGUCCCUCUUCGUCUCCUGGAAGCUCUGCUGGUUGCCAUGGCGAGACAAGGAGGGCGGGGGCCUGAGCCUGACGUCGGGGCUCCUCCCCGGGGGGGGCGGGCUGGGGGGCGGGCCCUCACUGCUGCCCCCGCUCCUGCAGAGGAAGGAGACGCACUCGUCCUCCUCCCUCUACCCGUCCCUGGCCCAGCCCGCCCAGGCCCACCACCCCCACUUCUCCGACAUGCUGGUGGUGGAGCGGGGCGAGGGCGGGGUCGGGGGCGUGGUCGGGGGCCCUGAGAGGACCCCCAUCGGAGGGGUGGUGGGGGGCCCGCCGGAGACACAGGAGCACUCGUACCUGGACAUGGACUGCCACUCCAACACGGCCGGGGGGGGUCUGAAGCUGAGUCAGACCUCUCCAGAGUUGCCGCCAGUGACAGAGCCUGGCUCCACCUCCCAAGCUCACAGAGACCUCCCUAACGCUCCGUCACAGAUGCAGGUCUCUGCCCGGCCACGCCCCAUGACUCACCAGCUUUCCAGCCCGGAUUUCCAUGGCGAUGAGAAGACUGAACAGGUGACCAGCAUUGGCCAGAUCAAGCCAGAACUAUAUAGACUGCGUCAGGGGGAGCAGGGGGAAGGAAAACAGGGUGACACCUGUGGCAAGAUCAGCUUCCUUUUGCGCUACGCAUUCAAUACUGAGCAGCUGGUGGUUAAGAUCCUGAAAGCCCUGGACCUCCCGGCCAAAGAUGCCAACGGCUUCUCAGACCCCUAUGUGAAGAUCUACCUGCUGCCAGACCGAAAGAAGAAGUUCCAGACAAAGGUCCACAGGAAGACGUUAAAUCCCAUCUUCAACGAGACGUUCCAGUUCGGGGUUCCUCUCGCCGAGCUGCACUCGCGCAAGCUGCACUUCUCCGUGUACGACUUCGACCGCUUCUCCAGACACGACCUCAUCGGGCAGGUGGUGGUGGACAACCUGCUGGACUUCAGCGAGGGCACGGGGGAGAAGCCCGUGUGGAGGGACAUUGUGGAGGGCACCGCGGAGAAGGCAGACUUAGGAGAGCUGAACUUCUCUCUCUGCUAUCUACCCACGGCCGGACGGUUGACCGCCACUGUCAUCAAAGCCACUAAUUUGAAAGCCAUGGAUCUGACCGGUUUCUCUGACCCGUACGUGAAGGCUUCGCUGAUCUGCGAGGGCCGGAGGCUGAAGAAGAGGAAGACCUCCAUCAAGAAGAACACCCUGAACCCCACGUACAACGAGGCCCUGGUCUUCGACAUUCCCUACGAGAACAUCGACGGCGUGUCACUCAUCAUCGCCGUCAUGGACUACGACUGCAUUGGUCAUAACGAGGUCAUCGGGAUGUGCCGGGUGGGCAGUGAUGCGGAGGGACCAGGCCGGGAGCAUUGGGCGGCCAUGUUGGCCAACCCCCGCAAGCCAAUCGAGCACUGGCACCAGCUGGUGGAGGAGAAGACCAUGAACACGUACGUGUCCAAAAGUGCCACUGCCUCCUCCAAGCCUCACAUUGUGGUGGACAGCCCUCACUCCGAAUAGAGCUGGCCGGCUUUCCCUCCCUUCUGACGUGUUCUCUUCAUUAAGAAAAGAUGACGGUGUAGUUAAGGAGACUACACUUAAAUUACACUUAACCGCUACAGCUACUACUACUACUACUACUAUUACUAUUCUACUACUAUUAACAAUAACAACUUCAAAUCAUUGUGUACAAAAUAGGCACCCAGAAGAAUUCAUAAUUACAAUAUUGAUGCACAGAAUGUAGUGGCAAUAACUAGUAAAUGUGUUCAGUGUGGACAAAUCACAGAUCUUUAUCUUACACACACAUGCACACACACACACACUGUAGAACUCAGACAUGCACACACAUACAUUUAUGAAUAACUAAGAUGUUUUAAAAAAGGAAAGAAUCAUAUGUUUUGAAAAUAGUCAUUUUGGAUCUUGAGUCAGUGACGUGUGUGAUGGCCGUAUCCAGUCAUAGAGACCAGGUCCUUCGGGGAGAAAGACGCGGUUUCCCCCUCCAACAAAAAAAAAAAAGGAAUAGUCACGUUGGGUUUAUUUUUGCGCUGCACUAGACAAGUCAAAACUGAUUUCAUUUGUACAGACUUUUAAACAAACUUUUAAUAGGACCUUGGGAAACUCUGUACAUUGAGCAUUGUCUUACAGACAAAAAGGACCUGAAGGAAACUCCAUAUAUUUUUUUGGGAUAGGACAGAUAUGUGUUGGACUGUGCCGCCAUUUUGGAGAGCUAAAGCAUAAUCUUUUACUGGAUAUUCUUCUUGUGUGAGCAACAUAAAAAAUGGCCAUGUUCAAUUUUGUCAGUGAGGGAGAAAGGUAGAUGGACCGUGCGCAACCAUGAAAUGUGUCCCCCUGCCUUACACAUUUUUUAUCGCUUUUUUCUGGAAGCCCAUCGGGAUCAAUUAGUAGCUUUUAUUUUUCUAUUAUUUCAUUUUCUAAUUGUCAACUUGAAAGGAAAAAUCUUCAUACCACUUUUCUAUUUUUCAUUAUGCAGGCAAGGUGGAAAUGUGAGUGGAAGUGCUUUUGUGUUUGUGAGGAACUUCUUCAUUCUUUUUGACGCAACUGACAUAUGAAUUAUAUUCAUGAGGAACUAUGGUUGAAACAGAAGUUUUUCAAAAGGAACCAAAAUAAGGAUGCACCUGCUUGCUUUUGUAUGCAGUUCUGGGAAGUGUGUGCUUCAGGAAAGGGUUUCCUUUCACAUUUUUGCUUGUGUCAUUCUUUGCCUUUUUAAACUUUCAAUUCAGAAGAAGGGAAUCUGUAAUUCAACACGUGUCUGAGGGGGAUAUGUGUCACCAAAAGGACACGCUCAUGAUUUGUGUUGCCUUUAUUUGUGUGUGUUUCCGUGUUUGUUGGCGUGGUUGUGUAGUCUGUAUGCGUCCGUGCGUGUACCCGUGUCUCUGAUUGUCAACGUGACAACCAUGUCCCACCCCCUGCCCCCAAACCCAGUUGGUGGUCCAUAAAUUCCAAAAAGUCUUGAAAACAAAGUGUGUCCUCUGUUCCAUGUCUUAGAAGAAGCAUUUGUAUGUAGGACCCUUUAAUGUUGUGAGAAGUGGGUGGAAGGGAAUUUCCUGGCUGUGGCUCUGCUAACAGUGCCCCUGCCCAUUUCACAUAAGUGUGUAGGUUGUGUACUUAUGUUAAUAUAUGUAUAUGUGUGAGAGGAAAUUGCCUGAGCGUCAGGGGAUUAAAAGAGGAUUGGGAGUGGAAGGGGUCAACACAGAGAGAGGAAGAUAGACAGGGACGGGAAUGAACGUAACACCCAGCGAGAGGAAGAUAGACGGGGAAGAGAAUGAAUGUAACACAGCGGGAGGAGGAUAUAUGGGGAAGGGAAUAAAGGUAGCACACAGUGAGAGGAGGAUAAAUGGUGUAGGCAUUGUGAAUUAACCACUAUUAAAAAAAUGUCAGUCACCAUAACCCUCGCUAAUGUUUUCUUUAAAAACAGUACCUGCUUACCUUUCUUAAGUCAUAAUCAAUACUAUCAGUGCUACUGCUAUUGCUACUGCCAUUCCCAGUGCAAAUACUGCCAGCUAUGCCCUUACUGUCAUCACUAAUUAUUUUACUAGAGCUGCUACUGCCAUCACUACUGAUACAUCUACUGCUACCACUAUGAUCAGUACUCCUAAUACUCCUAAUACUACCCUGUCACCAGUACUAUUACUACAACAUCAUUACCAAUACUCAUAAUACACUCAGUGAGCACUUUAUUAGCUAUUUAUUGAACUUAUUUUUUUUUACUUCUGCUGCUGUAGCCUAUCCACUUAGAGUUAUGACGCGUUGUGUGUUCAGAGAUGCUCUUCUGCAUACCACUGUUGUAAUGUGUGGUUAUUUGCGUUACUGUCACCUUCCUGUCAGCUUUGUCCAGUCUGGCAAUUCUCCUCAGACCUCUCACAUUAACAGGGCAUUUCGGACCCACAGAACUGCUGCUUGCUGGAUUUUCUCACCAUUCUCUGCAAGAUCUAGAGACUGUUCCCAGAUGAUUAGCAGUUUCUGAAAUACUGAAACCACCCUGUCUGCCACCAACAAUCAUUCCACGGUCUCUUAGAAGUCUCUUAGAUCACAUCUUUUCCACAUUCUGAUGGUUGAUGUGAACAUUAACUGAAGCUCCUGACCCAUAUCUACAUGAUUGUAUGCAUUGCACUGCUGCAACACAAUUGGCUGAUUAGAUAAUCGCAUGAAUAAGUAGGUGUAAUAAAGUAAUAAAGUAACAAAUGUUCCUAAUAAAGUGCUCUGUGAGUGUAUAUACUAAUAUACAACGUCAUUCCGAAUACUGGUACUGCAUCAAAAUGGCAUUACUAGGACUGUAACUUCAGCUAACAUCAUUAAUAUUAAUGUGACUAGAUCUAACAUCAGUGCUAACACUGUUACAACUAACAUUAGAAGUACAGAGACUACAUCUAAUAUUAGCUUGCUUUUCAUGCUGCUACAGCUAAUAUCAUUGGGAUUACUGUUACUACAGUGCUGGGUGUCUGCCAUGGAAGUGGCAUUGCCAUUUUUUGUCAGUUCUGCGACUUUCCCCAUUUCUGCCAUUGCCGUGAUUUCACUGUGCUUUCUGUGAUUUUUAAGCAGUUUUGGCUAGUGCUGUAACUGUUAACAUUAAUGUAGCCAACAGUGAUUUGCAUAUGGUGAAGCAUAUUAGCCAUAUUGCGAAAUGCUCAGAGAAACAACAUGCAGAAAUGUACACACCCUGGUGUAAAAUCCAUUGAAGUUACCAGCUACCAGCUGUUUCGAAACACAGCUUGAGUUGGUCAAGCAAUGUUGAGUAUAGAGCUGGUGUGAACUGGUCAACCAGCUACCAGCUGUUUCAAAACCUUGCUUGAGCUGUUUUUUUCAGCUGGGAAGAUUCUGGAAUGCACUGGCAUCAAGAUUACUGUCUUUAUCAGUCUUUGCAAUCAGAUGUUUGACGGCCUGUCAACAGUAUCAACGUUAUAGUAAUGUAAGUGACAACAGGCAGUCCAUCAAAGACUCAAACCUAACAAAUGUACAACAUUUUGCAACACAAUUUGAGAGUGCUCUGUGUCUGAUAAUGUUCUGCUAAAGGCAGUGUACAAGACUAUCAUAGCUGCAACUGCCUGCUGAUCUUCUGGAAACUUCAACCACUUUUUACUGUUGCUACAGUUGCACCUAGUAUUUAAUUAUUUCCCUUUGCUGUGCAUGAGAUCUGUUAAUUAGUCAAAUUUAAUGGGUUUUUUUUAACACUGUGAUUUCUGCUGGUUUUUCAGUUUUCUGAUUUUCAACAACUUUGCUUGGCUGCCUCCAUGACAAACACCCAUCUUCAAUCAUUAUUAAUACUGUUGCUACCACAAACAUCAUUAGUAGACUAUUACUAGUACUGCUACAUGUGUCAGCACUACUACUGAUGCUACUACACCUAACAUUAUUGCUAAUGCUGAAACCACAUGUAAUAUUAUUACUAAUUAAGCUACAUCUAACGUCAUUACAAAUAAAGCUACUACACCUAACAUUAUUGCAAAUGUUUAAACUACAUCGACUACAUCUAGCUUCAUUGCUCAUGCUGAAACUACAUCUAGCAUCAUUAAUAAUAAAGCUAUCACAUCUAACAUUACUAAUAAAGCUACUACUUCUAGUGCCAUUGCUAAUGUUUAAACUACAUCUGACAUUACUAACAAAGCGACCACAUCUAGUGGCAUUGCUAAUGCUGGAACCAUAGGCCGUAGAAAAAUAUGGACCAUACCUGUUACAUCACCCACUGACCCACAGGCUUGUGAAAAACGUGUUGAACCUCGGGAAGUCAAGUGUACCGGCACUGCCAUGUUGUACAAUCUGGAGCCAUUAACUUUACAUUGACAAUGGGUCUGAGUGACCAACACUGGAGCCAACUGCAGUCAGUUUCAUUUGAUUUUACUCAAAGAUGUAUUUGCUUUAAUUGUCUGUAUGUCAUAAUGUCAAGAGAAAAUGUUCAUAGUAAAAAUAUAGUUUUUAAAGGUUUAUACAUAAGAUGACAAAAUGUAGCCCCAGAGUUUUGUUAGCCCAGUGUCGGUAGGCUCACAGCCUCGCGUUACUACUACCAUCUUGCGUCUAAACUUUGAAGCUGUUUUGCUCAAAAACACAAUUUGGUGGUACUAAAAAGACAGGGGCACAACUCCCUUGAUAUCUGGAGUAGGGAGAUUACUUUGUAGAGAGAUUACAUUAGAAAGCUUAUAUACUCAUCUUUCGAGUAGUUUCUAAAAUGCAAAAUAUGUUUUUGGGUCAAUGUGACUGAUUUUGAAAGAACAGGUCACCAAUAACUUGGUUAUUAAAGAAAAUCAGCACAUUGGGAGGCAUUAGAUGAAGAAAAAACUGUGAUUGCAACUACAUUGUUCCCACAUUACUUGUGGGAAUAAAAUGGUUGGCAUUUAUAUAAUGCAUAAAUUAUUGCAUUGCAUUUUGACCGCAAUUGUGCCAUUGACUUAACAUUAAAAUCCGGUCUGAUUGACCUACACUGGAGCCAACCGCACUGAAGCUAGUGAGUAGUCCCUCAGCGCUUCCAGCAUGACCAGGAAAUUAGCUUGAAAAAAUAAGCUUGACUGAACUACAUCUAACAUCACUAAUGACUACAUUAAUUGGUCACUGAAACUACAACAAACAUUACUAAUAAAGUUAGUACGUCUAGUGUCAUUUCGAAUGCUGAAACUACAUCUAACAUCGCUAAUGGAGUUACUACAUCUAGUGUCGUUGCUAAUGCUGAAACUACAACAAACAUUACUAAUAAAGUUAGUACGUCUAGUGUCAUUUUGAAUGCUGAAACUACAUCUAGCAUUACCAGUGAAGUUACUACAUCUAGUGUCAUUGCUAAUGCUGAAAAUACAACAAACAUUACUAAUAAAGUUAGUACGUCUAGUGUCAUUUCGAAUGCUGAAACUACAUCUAACAUCGCUAAUGGAGUUACUACAUCUAGUGUCAUUUCGAAUGCUGAAACUACAUCUAGCAUUACCAGUGAAGCUACUACAUCUACACUCAGUGAGCACUUUAUUUGGUAUUUAUUAUACUUCUUUUUGAGUCUUCUGCUUAGAGGUUUGAUGCCUUGUGUGUUCAGAUAUGCUCUUCUGCAUACCAUUGUUGUAAUGUGUGGUUAUUUGUGUUACUGUCACCUUCCUGUCAGCUUUGACCAGUCUGGUCAGUCUUCUCCUCUCUCAUUAACAGGGCAUUUUAGCCCACAGAACUGCUGCUUGUUGGAUUUUCGCACCAUUCUCUGCAAGAUCUAGAGACUGUUCCCAGCUGAUUAGCAGUUUCUGAGAUACUGAAACCACCCUGUCUGGCAGCAACAAUCAUUCCACGGUCAGUGUCACUUAGAUCACAUUUUUUCCCCAUUCUGACGGUUGAUGUGGACAUUAACUGAAGCUCCUGACUCGUAUCUGCAUAUUAUGCACUACUGCCUCACAAUUGGCUCAUUAGAUAUUAAGUAAGUGUGCAUGUGUUUCUAAUAAAGUGCUCAGUGAGUUUAGCGUCAUUGCUAAUACUGCAACUACAUAUAACAUUACUAAUAAAGCUACUACAGCUAGCAUCCUUGCUGAUGCUGAAACUACAUCUAUCAUUAUUAAUACUACAUCUAGAAUCAUUGCUAAUGCUGAAACUAUGUCUAACAUUACUAAUAAAGCUACUGUGGCUAGCGUCAUUGCUAAUGCUGAAACUACAUCUAACAUUACUAAUACUACAUCUAGCAUCAUUGCUAAUGCUGAAACUAUAUCUAACAUUACUAAUGAAGCUAGUGCAGCUAGCAUCAUUGCUAAUGCUGAAUCUACAUCUAACAUCACUAAUGAAGCUAGUGCAGCUAGCAUCAUUGCUAAUGCUGAAUCUACAUCUACCAUCACUAAUGAAGCUAGUGCCAGUGCUGCUACUGCUGCAGCUGUCUGUACUCCUGUCAUUGUGCUUCCUGCAGUUCAAAUCUAAUAUGUUUCUGCUGCGAGUGCACAAUGUAUUUUUACGAAGGCCACCAACAUCAAGGAUUACCUUCCAAAAUACCCUUCAUGUGACUCUCCAUGUGAUCUGUGACGCUUCCCAUGUAACCAUGAAUAGCAUCGCCCGAAGUGCUUCUGCAACAUGACAGCUGCUACUAAAUAAAAGCAUUCAUAUGAACCUUUUACCAUCACAGCUAUCAGUACUGCAGGAGCACAUGCUACUACUGCUACACAGCUACAUUCAGUUUGUGGCUGACUUGCUGUACAGUGAUAGUAUUAAUGUAAUGAAUCUGACCAACAGUGGACAGUUUGUUGAGUAGUCUUCGAGGCCUGAUUGGCCAGUUUUUGUCUCACUAUCCAAUCAGCUUCUACAAGUCUUCGAACCAGUGCUGUGACCUCACACUCCCAGAACGUCUCUGGAAUGGGCUCACAGAAAGAUGAGAGAAGCACUGUAUGAACUGAUUCAGCUGUGCGUGGUUGAAGCGUGUCCUCUUAAAUGCUGGCUGGCUGACACAGAACACAUAAUGACCCAGCUCUGAACAGAGUGUUUUCUCCAAACAGCAUGCCAUGCCAUUAAACACCUGCCAUGUUCUGUGUGCCACUUUUCCAUUGUUGCCACAAACACACAGUGUACCAUACCUCCUGCCUCUAACCUAUCAUUGCAGGUCUUAAAAUGGUAGAAGCAUCUGCCAAACAUAUCUUAAUUUCUUUAAGCUGCUACUCCGAUUUUAACAUUACUUUGACAGUUUAGUUUGUGGUUGACAGUCUUACAGUUCUGGAAGUUCUGUGAGCGCUUAUUAGUGAAGGGUACCUUAUUUUUCUCAGCUGUAACUCCUAUCUUUCAGGGAAUUCAUGAAUUAUGUCAGGAAAGUAGAUGUUUUUUUCUUUCCACUGGUAUGCCACAGUUUACAGAACCAUAUUUUUCUUAUACUGUAGGCCUAUACAGAAGUUACCUACGGUAUGUGCAAACUAUAAUGUUAAAUUCAUAGUAUACAUGCACAUAUACAUACAUGUCUUUUAAUUUGUCUUUAUUUUGACACUAGUGUGAGUACCAUAGUCACAGCAUCUCUCUCUCCCUCCCUCCCUCUCUCUCUCUCUCUCUCUCUCUCUCUCUCUCCUCUUUCUGAGACUCCUGUAUUAGCCCAUUUUGAACGGCGGUGGUAAUAUGUUUGCAUGCGUAUAACAUGACUGGUGUGCUUGGUACAAAGAAAUGAGCAGAACCAAUAUGAAAAUGAGUCAAUUGUGUAAUUCUUGAUUGUCGUAAGGGUGACGUUGUCAAAGCUGUAUAUUUUUCUUAAAAUACAGUUUGAGUUUGUUGUGAUUCAUUUCUUCUUUUAUAUUUAUUUCUGUAUUUAUUUAGCUUUUGAAUGACGUUUUAUGAGGCUGUGACAGUCGAUUACAGGACUGCCAUUUUGACAGGUACAGUGAUGACAACAGUAGCGGCGCUCGUAAGGUUUGAAUAAAGGAAAUGUAACUGAAA